GGUAAUCUUCUUCAGAAUGGCCACAAUUCUAGUGCUUGCAGCAUUAUGUAUAACGGUUUACAGCACUACCAUAGAAGAGUUCAAAGUUUCUCCUGGAAAUGUGGACAAAUUGGAGGGACAAGCUUUUGUUGACUUUAUCAACAAAAAUCAGCCAUUUUACAAGGCGGAAGUUCCAAAAAUGUCUUUUAAAGAAUUUCAAUCCCGCUUGAUGGAUCCUAAAUACCUGGAAGAGACUGUAAAUGCGAAGCCAGCCAAUGAGCUUGUCAUCAAUGAACCUAUACCAGAAAGUUUUGACGCUCGAGAAAAGUGGCCAGAGUGCGACUCCAUCAAGCUAGUUCGAGAUCAAGCUAAUUGUGGAUCGUGCUGGGCUGUAUCUGCAGCUUCCGCUAUGUCUGAUAGAUUGUGCGUUCAAUCACAUGGAAAGAAAAAGGCCAUUAUAUCCGACUCUGAUAUUCUUGCAUGCUGCGGAGAUUUCUGCGGUCACGGAUGUAAUGGAGGAAAACUGAUACGCGCUUGGGAGUAUGUAAUAAACGAAGGGUCUUGUUCUGGAGGUCCCUACAACACUAGGAAUUGCUGCAAACCAUACCCAUUCCAUCCGUGUGGUAAGCAUAAAGGCCAACCGUAUUACGGCGAAUGCUAUGGCGUUCAGCAAGUAACACCAAAUUGCGUCGACAAAUGCCAGGGUAGCUAUUACAAACGGUACAUUGUGGACAAAAUGUAUGCAUUGAGCGCCUAUAACGUCAACGCAACCGAAGAAGCGAUACAAAAGGAGAUCAUGGUUAAUGGACCUGUUCAGACCGGAAUGAGGGUUUAUUCAGAUUUUUACUACUACAAGAGCGGAGUCUAUGUGAACAAAGGAAAAUCAUUCUGUGGAGCUCAUGCUGUCAAGAUUGUCGGAUGGGGAGUAGAAAAUGGCGUUAAAUACUGGAUUGUUUCGAAUUCUUGGAAUUAUGACUGGGGAGAGAAUGGAUUCUUCAAAAUUCUCCGUGGGGCCAAUGAAUGCAACAUCGAAUCGUGGGUGGUUGCCGGCAUGAUGAAAGUUUGAAUGAAUUCUUCAAUAAAUUUGCUAAAUCAUGAUUUAGUAAAUAAACGUGCAUUAAACAAUACCAGAUGGCUGCA